UUGUCCGUAGUGUGCGAGUGUGCGCGUUUGUGCCAUGUGAUGGAUAAGCGGUAUGGAAAAUGGAUGAAAUAGAUGGAUGGAUGGAUGGACAUUAAUAAAAGCGUCAUAAAUUUCAACACUUCAAGGUUUUCUUGUUGAGCAGGUGAAGACAUUUAUUAGUGAAGUGAAGUCUAUUUGGGGAUAAUUGUGUGGGGUGGGAGACGCAUUGCACUUCUGGAUGUAAUAUUCAUUCAUAAUAAUCCCCAGUGUACAGUACAGUGCAACACAGCUUUCCGUAUGGAUCGAGUCGGAGGCAUGUGACGUCACGUUGCUCCGCCCACCAAGCCGUCAGUCUGAGCGCGAGGCAGGGACGGAGGAAGAUGGUGGUGGAGCCGGGCGGGGCUCGUGUUCCGUUACACUGCUGAAAUAACAGGCAGCCGAGCACAGUUAAAUGUGUGGCUGUGUCCGAACCUGCACUAACCUGGAGCUGAGAGACUGCUGUCCACUCUGUCCUCUGAGAAAAGCAAACCUCCAUUGCUUUCUUCCUGGAUAACCCACGGGAUAGAUGAGCCUAGGAGGCCCUGUCUGUGCUGCACCUGGCCUGGGGGAGAUGAUGCAGUAAGUGUAGAUCAUCAUUUGUACUAGCAAUGAGCCAUCAGGAGGCGCCACUGGACUACGAGCCUGUUGAGGCAACCGAAGCUGACCUGGGCCGCCGAGAGCAGCCGUCCUCCCAGCGCAGACGACACGAAAACUCGGGCCGCUCUCGUCAUCACCACAGUGGUAAUGGCAGUGAAAACAGCUACUCCCAGUCUGGAUCGCAGAGGCAACGCCGUCAUGAGGGAUCUGAAGGGACCGGGCGACCGCGCACCUCCCGCAGGAUGCCUGAAGAAGGUGACGUGGAGCAGCAGCAAGCUCAGCGGCCGAUCCCACGGCCAGCAGUGAGCCGCUACCGCAGGCAAGGGGACACGGAGGCACGGCUGAGAGCUCAACAACAACGGCAGAGGCAGAGGGAGAGGGAAAGACAACAGAGAGAGGCAGAAAGAGCUGAGCAACAGCGACUGGAAGAAGAAGAGGACGACCACAGUGCCCUGGCACGCUCUGCAAGUACGGAGAGUGGGUUCCAUAACCACACAGACCAGGCCGAGGGUGAUGCUGUCAUGGCGCUGGAGGCUGAACCUGAGGAUGAGGGUAUGUACGGUUUGGCACUACGACCUGAGGCGGAGGAAUAUGCAGAAAGCGCGGAAUCUGAGCAGCAACCCCAGUACCCUCCCCAACCCCCUCCACUUCCCCACGAGCCCCUGCAAAACAUGGAGCGACCAACCAGACACGAUGCCGAGGCACUCAACCCCGGUUACUCCAACUAUGUUUACACCCAGCCUCGGCCUGAAGAUCAGCCCUAUUCCGAGCCCUACGCUGACUAUGGAGUCCAGGAGCAUGUAUACGAGGAGAUCCCAGAAGCCCCUGAAGGAGACAUGCCUCAGCAGCGUUGUGCUGGACUCCGGCUCCUGGAGCGUGAUUCGUACGGGCAGCAGGAGUCUGUGGGUUCCAGACUCCACCACUACGACGAGCGCUCGGACGGUGAAUCCGACAGUCCUGAGAAGGAAGCUGAAUUCGCGCCCUACCCACGCACCGACAGCUGUGAGCAGGAUGAGGAUGUUGAGCAUAUCAUGGACGAAGUGAAGGAGAGUUUGGGUUCACAGAGCCUGGAGCACCCUGCAGCAGAACAGGGAACAGACAGACACAAAGAUCAAGAGCAGGCAGAAGAGGGGAAGCUUCAGGAGCUAGUGAACGAGGGAGGGAAAGGAGAGGAUGGCAGAUCCUCCAUGAGCAGCCCCUCUGAGGAGUCAGCUCAGGUCAGGAGCAGUAGGCAGAAGAGGGACGCCAUCUCCCUGGCCAUCAAGGACAUCAAGGAGGCCAUCGAAGAGGUGAAGAGCAGGACGGUGCGUUCACCCUACACGCCAGACGAGCCCAAAGAGCCCAUCUGGGUGAUGAGGCAAGACUUGAGCCCCAGCAUGGAGUCGGACCUGCAGCCACCACUAGGGGGAGAUUCUCCAGGCCCAGCCUCCACCUCUCCACAGGGGGCGGAGUCUUCCAGCAGCAACCUGUUGCAGCAUGAGGGGAGUGAAAACUUAGAGUCCCCGUCUCCUGCUGGCAAAGAGGUAGGAGUCCAACAUUCGAGGAGGAGCAUUGCUUCAUUCCCAACAUAUGUGGAAGUUCCAGGCCCGUGCGACCCAGAGGACCUUAUCGACGGCAUCAUUUUUGCCGCAAACUAUCUGGGCUCGACGCAACUGCUGUCAGACAAGACACCUUCAAAGAACGUCCGCAUGAUGCAGGCUCAGGAGGCUGUCAGUCGCAUAAAGACGGCCCAGAAAUUAGCCAAAAACAGGAAGAAGCAGGCCCCUGAGGGCGAGACGCAGCCCAUGACAGAGGUGGAUCUCUUCAUUUCCACUCAAAGAAUCAAAAUGUUGAACGCUGACUCUCAGGAGACCAUGAUGGACCACCCAUUAAGGACCAUUUCUUACAUCGCGGACAUCGGGAACAUUGUGGUUCUGAUGGCCAGGAGGAGAAUGCCUCGCUCCGACUCUCAGGAGAACAUGGAGGCGUCUGAUCCAGCCCAAGAUGAAAAGCGCCAGUACAAGAUGAUCUGUCACGUGUUCGAGUCUGAAGAUGCCCAACUCAUAGCACAGUCCAUUGGCCAGGCCUUCAGUGUAGCAUAUCAGGAAUUCCUGCGCGCCAACGGCAUCAACCCUGAGGACCUGAGCCAGAAAGAGUACAGUGACCUCCUUAACACACAGGACAUGUACAACGAUGACCUAGUACACUUCUCGAAGUCAGAGAACUGUAAAGACGUUUACAUAGAGAAGCAGAAAGGAGAGAUCCUAGGAGUGGUGAUUGUAGAGUCAGGCUGGGGCUCCAUCCUUCCUACAGUCAUCAUUGCUAACAUGAUGCAUGCUGGGCCAGCAGAAAAAUCUGGAAGACUGAAUAUUGGAGACCAGAUCAUGUCCAUCAAUGGCACCAGUCUGGUUGGACUUCCUCUCUCCACUUGCCAGAGCAUCAUCAAGGGGCUGAAGAACCAGUCCAGGAUCAAGCUGAACAUUGUGAGAUGCCCACCAGUCACCACUGUGCUCAUCAGAAGGCCAGACCUGAGAUACCAGUUGGGCUUCAGCGUGCAGAAUGGCAUUAUUUGCAGCCUCAUGAGAGGGGGGAUAGCUGAACGAGGUGGCGUGCGCGUCGGUCACCGCAUCAUUGAGAUCAAUGGCCAGAGCGUGGUGGCGACUCCUCACGAGAAGAUUGUACACAUUCUGUCCAAUGCAGUCGGCGAGAUUCACAUGAAGACUAUGCCUGCUGCCAUGUACCGCCUGUUGACAGCCCAGGAGCAGCCAGUUUACAUCUAAAAGCCACAGCGAUACCCUCAACCUCCUGACCUCACCUCACCUCACCCUGAUCUUUAUCCUGUGGACUGACGAUUGCGUGAGUGAAUCCAUGACCACUAUUUAUCCACGAUGUUUCACUUUCUCCCAACUGCCUGUCCACUUCCUGUCAUCACAAGGUUUUCAGCCUGUAAAAUCUCUAGUUCUGCGCACGUUUCCCCAUCCAGGUGGAAAACAUUAACUAACCCAGACACAGAAUGAAAGAACUCCAUGACAUUGGUCUCCUAAAUAUAUUUACACUCUAUCACACUCUGUUAAAGUUUCGCACUGUUUGGCCAUGCAGUUGUUUGAUGUAAUUUAUGGAAACUUUUUUUCACCCCUAUGUGAUUUAUUUGAACCUGGCAACCAUCAAACAUUCCAGCUUUAUUCUCUUCCACUCAAGUUCUAAACGAGCAGCUGUUAGCCAGAGUGUGGAGGAGCGGACUAAACAUUUCUGAGGAACUGCAGGCUCUAAGGGUGCGUUCCUCAGAAUAACGGCUAAUUAUAGUAAACAGAACUGUGCGUGCUGUGGUCACACACAGAAGGGGUUCUCAAACCUUUUAUAUCCAGAGAGCCCUUUACCCAUAAUAAAUCAAUAAAAAUCCAUGGACACAUUCGUUCACAAAUGAACUAAUAAAAUAGACACAUUAUUUAAACGAGUACGAUUCAACGAGUACAAAGAUUCCAGUCGACAUCAUAAAUUUGAUAAUGAUGGGUUUCCACCUCUGACGAAAUGACGUACAGGAUAUAAUGAUAUAAUGCACAGUGUGGACUAUUAAUGCCUUAAAACAGUGGUCACUAACCCGCUUCCUUUAGGGUUCUCCAAUCAAAAUCUAACACACCUGCUUUAGCUGAUCAAGAAUUUCUUAAGGCAAUGAUUAGACGGUCAGGUGGGAAUGAUUAUGGUUGGAGCUAAAGUCUUCACGAACAGGGUUGGUGGCCAUUGCCUUAAAAUAGUGAUGCCAUACAUAAACAGCUCCGAGUUGAUCAAAUCAAGAUAUAGAGUAGCAUAAAGAAACAUGACCUGAACUAUUUUAUUGGUAGGACAUAAAGACUUAGUCAGAAUUAGA